UCCCACUCUCAGGUUACUUAGGGAAGAGUUUGCAGACCUGCAGAGUGUGUGUCCUUCCCUCCCUGUGUGUGUGUGUGUGUUUCUGCAGCGCUCUCAACAGACAACCAGCCCCAGCAAUUGGAUUGGGCAGCCUUUGCCUUGACACAAGCCGCCGCCGCCGCUGCUGAGUGCUUGAGGACGUGUUUCAACAGAUGGUUGGGGUUAGACUGUGUCAUCGCGCUGGAGUGGGGAUUAGAUGAGGAAGGGCGCAUUGCUGGAGCUGUGUGGUCCGCUGAACAUUUAUAAGAAGAAGAAGAAACCUUUCCAGUUGUGUGGAAGUAGGGAAAAAAGUGGGUGCCCCCCUGUCCAUGAGGUAACAACUCCUAUAUUCUGCUUUGGAUCUUGGUGUGCUGCUUCAAGGUUGUUCUCAGAUCAUAUCUAAGAAAGUACAUUUUCCCAGUGUACCUAUAAACAGAACACAGGCAACACAGAGAAAAAAGGAGGAGCUCAGUGACCAAAAUCCUCUUGCACUGAGUGGGACAUUGAUUCUAUGGAGCCAUGGAGGAGAGACUGGAGUAAGGAAAAGUAAUAAGAAGAAGUAAUGGAGUAAUUAAUGAUAACCAAAUAAAAUAAAAGAUAUAGCAAUUAGCCCUGAUUUUAUUUGAAAGCAUCCUAUAAAACUCAGAAAUCAUCCGACAUAAUCUGAUUUUAUAGAAGCCACUGUCUAUGCUAUCAUGAAGUUUUUGGGCUUUGUGCUUGUCUUUAUAUUGCUUCAAAUGGAGCUGCCUAUGGGCCUUGGCUCUUCACUCAAAGCCUCCAGAUUCAGAGGGCGAGUACAACCUGACAGGAGGAACAUAAGGCCCAAUAUUAUUCUUGUUUUGACAGAUGAUCAAGAUGUGGAGUUAGGUUCGUUGCAGGUGAUGAACAAGACGAGAAGGAUCAUGGAAGAAGGAGGAGCUUCAUUCAUCAAUGCUUUUGUGACCACUCCCAUGUGCUGUCCUUCUCGCUCUUCAAUGCUAACUGGGAAAUAUGUUCACAACCACAACAUAUAUACGAACAAUGAGAACUGCUCUUCUCCGUCCUGGCAAGCCAUCCACGAGCCCCGCACAUUCGCUGUAUAUCUCAAUAACACAGGCUACAGGACAGCUUUUUUUGGAAAAUACCUCAACGAGUAUAAUGGAAGCUACAUCCCUCCUGGGUGGCGGGAAUGGCUUGGACUUGUGAAGAACUCUCGCUUUUAUAAUUAUACAAUGUGCAGGAAUGGAUUUAAGGAAAAACAUGGUUUUGAAUAUGAAAAGGAUUACUUUACAGACUUGAUUACCAAUGACAGUAUUAGUUACUUUAAAUUAUCCAAGAAAAUGUACCCUCACCGUCCCAUAAUGAUGGUUAUCAGUCACGCAGCUCCACAUGGACCAGAAGAUUCUGCUCCACAAUUUUCAGAGUUUUUCCCAAAUGCUUCGCAACACAUAACUCCAAGCUAUAACUAUGCACCCAAUAUGGACAAACACUGGAUCAUGCAGUAUACAGGUGCCAUGCUUCCCAUACACAUGGAGUUUACAAAUGUGCUGCAUAGAAAGAGGCUACAGACUCUCUUAUCAGUUGAUGACUCUAUGGAAAAGUUGUAUAAUAUGCUGGUGGACACUGGGGAACUUGAAAACACCUACAUCAUCUACACAUCGGAUCAUGGCUAUCACAUAGGGCAGUUUGGACUGGUGAAAGGAAAAUCUAUGCCAUAUGACUUCGAUAUUCGCGUUCCUUUCUUUGUUCGAGGUCCUAACGUGGAACCAGGAUCAGUAGUGCCACAAAUUGUUUUAAAUUUAGAUCUUGCACCAACUAUUCUGGAUAUAGCUGGGCUGGACGCACCUCCUGAUAUGGAUGGGAAGUCUGUUCUAACUUUGCUGGACAUUGAAAGACCCGGUAACAGGCUGCGCACUAAUAAGAAGAACAAAAUUUGGAGAGAUGCGUUCCUUGUGGAAAGAGGAAAAUUUCUGAGAAAGAAGGAGGAGCCAAGCAAAAGCACUCCACAGUCCAAUCACUUACCAAAAUAUGAGCGAGUUAAGGAGCUGUGUCAACAGGCCAGAUACCAAACUGCAUGUGAGCAGCCAGGACAAAAAUGGCAGUGCAUUGAAGACAUGUCUGGGAAGCUUCGUAUUCAUAAAUGUAAAGGGGCCGCUGACACCAUUUCGCUAAAGAAGAGGACACGGAGUAUAAACUCAAAGGGCUAUGGAGGAAAGCAAAAAGAGUGUGUAUGUGGGGAAGCAGAUUACAAACCCAGCAGAAGUCAGAAGAAGAAACAAAGGCUUUUCAUGAGAACUCCCGGUGAUAAAAAAUUCAAUCCUCGUUUUGUCCACACUCGGCACACACGCUCACUUUCCGUUGAGUUUGAAGGUGAAAUCUAUGACAUAAAUCUGGAAGAAGAGGACCACCAGGCUUCCCAGCUCAGGAGUAUUACUAAGAGGCAUUACAUUUCUGAAGAAGAAGAAGAAGUGGGUGGUGAAGAUGUUGAUGAUGACAAUGAAGAAUAUGAGGAAGAUGAGGAGUAUAUGACCACUAUUCCUGAUGAAGAUGAGAUGAUGUUAGCUGAUGGGGUGAUUAGUGCAAGCCAAUCUGCAUCUGUCCGAGUCACACAUAAGUGUUAUAUUCUUGCCAACGAUACUGUACAUUGUGAGAGAGAAUUGUAUCACUCAACCAAAGCCUGGAAGGAUCACAAAGCUUACAUUGAUAAAGAGAUUGAAGCCCUUCAAGAUAAAAUCAAGGAUUUAAGGGAAGUAAGAGGACACCUUAAACGAAGAAAACCUGAUGAAUGUGACUGCAGUAAGCCUGGGUUUUACAAGAAAGAAAAAGGGGUGAAAGUGCAGGAUAGGCUGAAAGGCCACAUGCACCCAUUUAAGGAAGGCAUGCAAGAAGUAGACAAUAAAUUUCAGAUAUUUAAAGAGAACCGCAAGAAGAAAAAAGAGAGGAAAGAGAAGAAACGUCAGAAGAAGAAGGGAGAAGAAUGCAGCCUUCCUGGGCUUACUUGCUUCACUCAUGAUAACAACCACUGGCAGACAGCACCAUUCUGGAAUUUGGGAUCAUUUUGUGCCUGUACGAGCUCCAAUAACAAUACCUACUGGUGUUUGAGAACCAUCAAUGAGACUCACAAUUUCCUGUUUUGCGAAUUUGCCACCGGCUUUUUGGAGUACUUUGAUAUGAACACUGAUCCGUAUCAGCUAACAAAUGCCGUGCACACCAUUGAAAGAGGAGUUCUGAAUCAGCUUCACAUACAGUUAAUGGAAUUGAGAAGCUGUCAAGGUCACAAGCAAUGCAACCCACGGCCCAAAGUCUUAGAAGCAGGGGACAUCUAUGGGACAGAUGGGAGGGCUAACUUGCCAAAUUUCGCAGAGGAGGUUGACUGGAAAGGACUGGAAGAUUUGUACAGCAUAAAUGAAACUUUAUAUGGAUACAGAAACAACUAUAGACUUAGUCUGGAUGACUGGGCUAAUUACUUGAAGGAUGUAGAUAGAGUUUUUGCACUGCUGAACAGUAACUCUAAACAAACUAGAAGAAAUGAGACUUUGCUCACUCAACCAGAUGGUUUCUCAAACGCCUCACUAUAUGAAAUGGCCUCUGCAGAGUCUGACGAAGAAUUCAGUGGUGCAGCUGCAGAAGACAGAGAACCUGUUAUGGAAACAAACUUUAGUACUUUGAAUGUGAGCAUAGUGGUAUUUAAUAACGAGAAAAAACUUGAAACAAUCAAUGAUUUUCCUGAGCAGACAGAUUUGAACCAAUCACUCUGGAGCAACGGAGACACAGAGAGGUCAACAGAUGCAGCAUCCAACCCCUAUGAAGUGGAGUUUAGUGGCAAUGGACUAACAGAGAUGGAAUCCAAAAACAUCUUUCAUCUUCAAACAAAUAUUUAUCUCUCUAAAGAGCGUCAACAAGACAGGAGUGGAGCCGUUUUUGAAGAUCAGGUUUACCUUUCCAUUGACUCAAAGCCUCUGCACCAAAUGGCUUUACCUGCACUACAGCUAGACAACGCGAACAAACUGGAAACCAUGAAGAACAUAUCUCAACUGGGUUAUUCAGAGGAGAUCUCCAAGGACAAUGUAGAAGGCAGUGCCUUAUCCCCACUUUUUGUCUGAUUAGAACAUUUUUCCGUUUAGCAAGAAUUAGCGACAGAACCAUGAGCACCUGACAUUCCAGGUUUAUUUCAGACCAUGUGGCCAUUCAACUUUUUAUUCCCCACGAUGUUAUUGUUUGUACGGCAUGGCAUGUAAUUCCUACGGAUUGUGGGACACACCACCACAUUCACUUCUGAUGUCCUUCACCAAAUGGGUCGGCUUGUUGGCUACUAAAUAUAUAGUUGUGCUUUGUUUUCUAACCACUGGAAUGUCUUGAUAUCACAAUUAAGUUGUUGCACUUUCAGAAGCUUUUAGCACCAAAUUUACCCCAUAAUUUCAUUUUUUCUACUUUUGGUGGCACAUUGUGGAAGUAAAUAACCUUUUUUUAACCAUGUUUAACAAUCACACUAGGGGUGAUUUAUUAGAGUCUGAUUGCCAAAAACUCGGAAAAUCUGAGUGUUUUGCCUAUAAAAUCCGAAUUUUUCAUGAAAAACUUGGAUUUGGUUUUUUUUUAACCCUCAAAUUUUUUGGGAUUUAGUAUACCCAAGGAUGGAAAAAGUCUGAAUCUGAAAAUCCGGCAUCUCAGACCUGCCAAGGUUGUAUAGAAGUCAAUGGGAGAAGUCCUGAAGAUUUCCUGAUCUGUGCUGGAAUAAUCUGAAGAUUUUGUGGUUUAAAAAAAAAAUCAAAAAAAUUUAGACGAUUCAAAUUUUUGGACAAUUUUCAUCAUUUUUCCAAUUUCUUUGGGGGAAAUGGAUUAAUAAAUAAGGGGAAAUAACCCGUGCGGAUUUGGUUGGGGUAUAUUUUAGAAAAUAUUCGGAUUUUGAUAAAUAAAUUUGAUAAAUAACCCCUAGAGAUUGCCUUUGUUGUACAGGCAACCCCCCCCCCCCCAAUUCCACCCCCUUUGGAAAGGUUAUACAAGAAAAGCCACAGAGGAACGUUCUACUCUACUCCUGAUGCUCUUACACAAUGAAUGUUGCAUAUAAAGAGCAGCUUGGUGCCUAACUUCUACUUGUUCUUAUACAGAUAAACCUCUCCCUAAACCAGCGUGGCACAUAUUUUACAUUAAGAUCCACAUGAUCCUAUAAUAAACACAUAAUAGUUCAGCCAGUUCCUUCAGUCUGUGUGGAAGCCAUGCCUUGUUCUUGUCAGUCAACAUGUUGUCUAAGGAUUUUCAUGAUCAAUGCGUUUGUCUUUCAUCGUUCCGCCUGUGGGGUUUGAGCUUAGUAAGUAGCAGCUGAGCUCUUGCCUCGCAGGCUCCCGUAUUCUGUAUAAUGUAUUCAGAGGGCACAGGCAGUGGGUCAAAUGUACUGCAGCCCCCUGGGGAAAAAACAGACUAGAUAACUUAUAGGGCAAUCCUUAUAUCAGGGAUGGCAAAGUCACAGCCUCUCUUACGUAUAUGCUCUAUGUACAUAUGUUAAAAUACAAUGGGGAAUAUUUAUCAAAGAGUGAAGUUAAAGAUCGCCACCGUCCUCUAGAGUGAAAUUCCACCUCUCUCUAUUCAUUUCUAUGGGAUUUUUAAAAGCGUAUUUAUCAAUGGGUGAAAAUGAAAGUUUAUCCUUUGAUAAAUACGCCUUUUAAAAUCCCAUACAAAUGAAUGGACUGUGGCGAUCUCUAACGUCACUCCUUGAUAAAUAUCCACCAGUGACUUGUGGCUGUACACAUACACGUGCCAGAUGACAGAACAAACUAUUUAUGGUUAUGAAUGAUGGGGUUUUUUUUUUUUUUUUUGUAAAUAGUUUUCGGAUGCUUAAGUUUCCGUUUUUGCGUUUUUUUUUUUAAUCAUGUAUAGAAUUCUGUUAUACUUUUAUAGAACAAUUCUGACUUCAGGAAAGUCACGAAGCAAGAUUUCUUUAAAUAAAAAUGUGUUUUAAUUUUAAAAAUG